AUGGUGAGAGGGAAAAUAGAGAUGAAAAGGAUAGAGAAUGCAAGCAGCAGACAGGUGACUUUCUCAAAGAGAAGAAAUGGGCUGCUGAAGAAGGCUUAUGAGCUCUCAGUUCUGUGUGAUGCUGAGGUUGCACUUAUUAUCUUCUCAUCCAGAGGCAAACUCUAUGAAUUUUCAAGCUCCAGGGUGAUUCACAAGACAAUAGAACGAUAUCAAGCGACUUUGAAGAGCCCGGCAAUUAGCGAAACAAUUAAUAUGGAAGAAGAUAUGCAGAAUUUGAAAGACGAGACUACCGAACUACAUAAAAGGAUUGAGCUCCUUGAAGUAUCUGAAAGAAUGCUCAUGGGAGAGUGUUUAGAUUCUUGUUCGAAGGACGAAUUAGAGCAGCUUGAACAACAAUUAGAACAAAGUUUGAUGAACAUCAGGACUCAAAAGAGCACAUUGUUGAAAGAGCAGAUUGAUCGCAUGAAGCAACAGGUAAAACACUACAAGAAAUUAAAUGCAGAACUAAAGAAAAAGGUGGAUGCCGAACAUGGUAUCAAUUUUAUUAAUUUUGUUUAACAAAUUUCUAAGCGUGCACGGGUUUGUGCAUUUCUCAAGAGAAUUAUUUAGAUAUUUAAUUCACUUUAUUCUUCUUUUUCAAUAAACUAGUGCAAAUGAAGCACAUAUAUGAGGAAAACUUGUGAAACCUUGUGUAAAUUGGUUCUCAACGACUUGGAACCAUUACAAGAUAAUUGUAAUAUUUUGUGGUAGCAGUAGAUAUUUGGAUAAUGAACAAGUUGAGCUGGAUAAAAUGCUUGUUAAUCAGACAAAUUCCGAUUAAGAAAACAGGUCUGUUAAUUAAUAA